CGAGUCUGGACGCAACCACCGGGGAUAUAUUGUUUUGGUUGUUGCGCUGGUUCUCCGUGGCGAUUAUUAUUCAAAGGUCAUGUCGGCGGCUCGCGCGGACCAGCAGUUCUGCCUACGCUGGAACAGCUUCCAGAGCAACAUGGCGUCGUCACUGCAGCUGCUGCGCUCGGAGGAGGACCUGGUGGACGUGACACUGGCUGCCGAGGGCCAGCUUAUCAAGGCACACCGGCUCAUUCUCUCUGCCUGCAGCCCGCUCUUCAAGCAGAUACUCAAGGACUCCCCCUGUCACCACCCAGUUGUGGUGCUGAACGAGGUGCGCGCGGCGCACGUGCGCGGCAUCCUCAGCUUCAUGUACCAGGGCCAGGUGAACCUGACGCCCGAUCAGAUGCCCGAGUUCCUGCGCGCCGCCCAGGCGCUCCACGUCAAGGGCCUGUUCGAGGACAUGGCGGAGUUGCCGCCCGAAGGCAAGGAGAACGUGCCGCUGCCGCGUCCGCCGCCGCCGCCGCCGCCGCUGCUGGACACCCGGCUGGCAACCAAGCGGGCUGAGUGUGUGACCGACCCGCCGGCGAGCGGCCCCGAGGUGGGCCCGGAGGCGGGUCCGGAGGCAGGCCUGCCGACGCUGGCCGGCCGCGCCGACCCGGCACCCAGAGUCUCGACAGAACUCGUCGACAAGAGUAAGCACGUGCCCGUCACGUCAGCUGCAGCGUCACAGGCGUCGUCAUCCGACACUGACUACGUCAUCACACACACCACCUACCCGUUUCCGUGCCCGUUCUGCGAGAAGUCGUACACGUCGUGGGGCUUCCGCCGGCGCCACAUCAAGGCGUUCCACACGGCCGGCCCGACGCUGAAGUGCAAGUGGUGCUGGAAGGUGCUGCCCUCGCACGACGCCUGGUGCGCGCACGUGACACGCGAACACCAUCUGUCGGCGGCGGACGCGCAGCAGGCCAUCCAGAUCCUGGACGAGGCCAACAUGGUGCUGCAGAGCUCGGAGCCGCUGCGGCUCGACUCGCUGGUCGAUAUGGUGAAGCGCCAGCAGCGGCGCGCCGCCACUGGCAGCCCGGAGGCGGCGCUAGGCUGA